AUGUGAUGCCAGAACGUAGCGACAACAGACAGGUGGGACAGCGGGCAGCUUCAGGGUUUAUGUAACGCGAGGGCGCGAACGGUGCGCCGCGGCAGUGUUCCGCCAGCGCGCAUGGACCGGGCGAGCGCCAGCCCGCCCGCCAGCCCCACUAGUGCCGCUCCCGCGACCACCGGCUUCGGCGCUUUCUGCAGCGCCAUUUCUGACACGAUCUCGGGUAUGGCGACCACAUCAAGGAGUAGAAGAAAGCAGGACGAGGAAAAGAAGAGUAAGAAGAAACAGUCUCCAAUGGACGAGCGGCCCACGGUGCCCGCACCUAGUGAAGCGAUGCUCAAUAACCUGCGGACGGCGUUCGGCCUGCUGGACAGAGACAGCGAUGGUCACGUGACCCCCGAGGAGCUGCAGUUCAUGCUGCGCAAUCUGGGCAUCGAGGUCAGCGACGACCUCAUCUCUGAUCUCAUCAAGGACGCCAGUAAAACUGGUAACGGCUUAAUAGAUGAAAACGACUUCAUGCAGUGGGUGACGAAGAUACAGGCGUUACAAGGCAUGGACGUGAGCGCCAGCGGCGGCGACUCCGAGGAGGAGAUCACUAGGGACCUGUUAGCAGCCUUUAAAGUAUUCGACCGUGACGACAAUGGGUACAUAACGCGGGACGAGCUGCGGACGGCGCUGGAGAUGAUCGGGGAGCCCGUCACCGACGCGCAGCUCAACCAGGUGCUGGCUCUCGGCGACAUCGACCACGACGGCCGCAUCGACUAUGAAGAAUUUGUGAAGAUGCUGCUGUAACUAAAGACCUCACUAGAUGUAAUGGUGUAUUUAAAGACAAAUGUAGCCGCCGACGAGUGUUCCCGUUGCUUGACGUUUGACGUAGUAUGGUUAGGCAGGCUUGCUUAUCGUAGGAUGUUCUUCCAUAUAUUAAUAUCAUAAACAUCGGAAUAACUCCGAAUAUUACGAUUAAAACCUAUUUUUGUAUGCGCCGUUGUGGCUGGAGAUGAUAUGACGUUGUGUUAGAAAUAACCUUACAGAAUUUUAAGCCAGAGCCUGACGGAUUAGGGCAAUAAAUUUGCGCCGAAAUGAGGUAGUCGGUAUAUAAUGGAAUGUGUUAUAAAUCCUAUGUAACUUUUGAUUAAUAUCUACAUAACAAACAAGUUGACAACUGAUAUAAUUUAAUUAAUAAAGCCUAAAAAUAAUUUUGAUAAUUGGUGUUGCCAACUGAUACACAUAAGAUACCGUCGUCGUAGGUCCUGCAUAAUUCUAAAGAAAUCUUCUCCAGCAGACCCAAGAAAGGCUCUUAUAAGAAUACUUUCCGCAAUCGAAAUCCUAUGACUCUGGCAAGGAAGGAAUAAUAUAGGUACAUAGAAACUCCGAUGCAUAUGUAAAUAAAUAUUGGAAGGAAAGUAGCAGUGUUAACUGUUGAAUGUAUGUACAUAUAAGUACUUUUUGUAUUAACCUUAAUAUAUAAUGAUGUACCUAGUGUAACUCAAAUGUAAGAUAAAGAAUAAAUGUAUAUUUAUUUACAGUAAAAGUUUAUAGUACAGAAAGUAGAAGCCGAAAACAUUAUUGAAAGAUAUAAAAGAUAAUUUGUAAAUUUGAAUUAAUGUGAGAUAUUAUAUAGGAGAGAUAUUUAUUUAAGGAGUAAAUCGAUCGUAUCGCGAUAUAUGGAAAAUUAAUAUUAUUAGAUUUCAGAUGUAC